AUGGCGACCACACCCAAGCCGCGUCGCCGGUCACCCCGAGUGUCUGAUGCCUCGGAGGCAUUGACUCCAGUAGGAGACACCACACUCACAGGGCUACAACGCCUUCCAGCUCACACUAAAUAUCCCCUGACCCCCAGCCGAUUCGCAUCCACCACCCCCUCCGCGAACCGAUACACCCCGCGAAACAGGGGCGCCGGCGCGCCCUCCACGCCGUAUCGAGUGCAGGCGCUGCAGCGACGCGCCGCGAACACGCCCGGACGCGAUCGUAGACGAAGCGGGCGAAUCCAGCGCGAAACGACAUUCGACAUCCUCCGGAACCUGGGAAAAGCUCUUGCUCCGACGACCCAGCCUAUACAAUCCUCGCCGCAGGAGCCAGUAGAGCCAUCGCCCGAACCAGAAGCGGAGAGAGACGAGUUUGAGGAGCUGGAUAAUGAGCCUGAGAUUGAACGACCCCGGUUGUCGCUGCCGCUGGAUGAGGUGGAAGAUGUAGAUGAGGAGCCGGAGAUGCGGCCACCGCGGUUGUCGUUGGCGUUUGAGGAAGAGGAUAUCACGGUGGAGUAUCCUCGACGGGCUACGAGCGAGUAUGAUCGGAAUAGAUUGUCGAUGAUGAGCGUGGGCGGCCCUCGCCUGAGUGAGAUUGGGGCGGCGACUGGGUUAGAGAGUGAGAGUGAUGAAGGGGAUGAUACGGGAAUUGUACAUGGUGGUGAUUAUGGAGGCGAAGAUACCGUUCUUACACAAGGGGAUUUUGAUGGAGGAGGAGAAACGGAAGAUCUUGGACGGUUCAACUUUGAGUUUAAUUUCCCAUCGCCGCCUGCUCCUGGUGCGGAAUUGGACCAGGAUGAGCCCAUCCAUGACGAUGAAGGCUUCGAGCUUUCCAUGGACAUGCCAUUGGACACUGGUGCAGGGUCUGAUGAUGCCGACAGCGUGUCCAUCGCUGCUGGCGACUUUGGCAUGGAACUGCAAUCGCCGCCGCCCGCUCCGGUGGCACUAAGUGAGAGCCAGAGUCCAGGGAUUGCCGGAGGGGGUCUGCGGGACGAGGACCGCUACAUAUCCGGCGCGAAACAGAAGAAGCUCUCCCGACAUGGCAUUCCCGUGCCCAACCUUCCCGUCGGAGUCGUGAAGAAGCUGGCCACCCGGUUUGCGCGGGCGCGGAACGGGUCAAAGGCCAAAAUCAGCAAGGAGACACUAGCCGCGAUUGAGCAGGCCUCGUCGUGGUUCUUCGAGCAGGCAAGUGAAGAUCUGGCUGCGUAUUCCAAGCACGCGGGGCGCAAGACCAUCGACGAAAGCGAUGUGGCAACCUUGAUGCGGCGGUAA